CCCUUCCUUUGGGGGGAUCCUGAGACACCUGUCAUGGAGAAGUACCACGUGUUGGAGAUGAUUGGAGAAGGCUCUUUUGGGAGGGUGUACAAGGGUCGAAGAAAGUACAGUGCUCAGAUUGUGGCCCUGAAAUUCAUUCCAAAACUGGGACGCUCAGAGAAGGAGCUGAGGAACCUGCAGCGAGAGAUUGAAAUCAUGCGUGGUCUGCGACAUCCCAACAUUGUGCAUAUGCUUGACAGCUUUGAGACUGACAAAGAGGUGGUGGUGGUUACAGACUAUGCGGAGGGUGAACUCUUUCAGAUCCUUGAAGAUGAUGGGAAACUUCCCGAAGACCAGGUUCAGGCCAUUGCUGCCCAGUUGGUGUCAGCCCUGUACUACCUGCAUUCUCACCGAAUCCUGCACCGAGACAUGAAGCCUCAGAACAUCCUCCUUGCCAAGGGUGGUGGCAUCAAGCUCUGUGACUUCGGGUUUGCCCGGGCUAUGAGCACCAACACGAUGGUGCUGACAUCCAUUAAAGGCACGCCACUCUACAUGUCUCCAGAGCUGGUGGAGGAGCGACCGUAUGACCACACUGCAGACCUCUGGUCUGUGGGCUGCAUCCUGUAUGAGCUGGCGGUGGGCACCCCACCCUUCUAUACCACAAGCAUCUUUGAGCUGGUCAGCCUCAUUCUUAAGGACCCUGUGCGCUGGCCUUCCACCAUGAGCCCUUGUUUCAAGAACUUUCUGCAGGGACUACUCACCAAGGACCCCCAACAGCGUCUGUCCUGGCCAGACCUCUUACAUCACCCCUUCAUUGCUGGCCAUGUCACCAUAAUAACUGAGCCAGCAGCCCUAGAUUUGGGUACCCCAUUCACCAGUCGCCUACCCCCAGAGCUUCAGGUCUUAAAGGAGGAACAAGCACAUCGGCUAGCACCCAAGAGUAGUGAAUCUCGCAUCUUGCGUCAGGCACGUAAACGCAUGGCUGAGGAGGCCAAACAAAAGAAACUCCAGAACACAGAACUUGUCCUUGAGCAAGAAGACAAGACCAGCAAGGUGGCUCCUGGCACAGCCCCUUCGCCUGAGCUAAAGGCUGCCGAUCAGGAACCAGGCCUCUUGGCCGGGAUCUUGGCCUCAGAAAUGAAGAGCAGCUGGGCUGAAUGGGGGCAUGGCGAGGCCCUCCCUACACCACGGGAAGCCCAGGCCACUGUGGAUUGUGAACAAGCACUCCCAGAACUGGAACCAGAGGAGAUGGUCCAGAGGAAUGUUGAUGCUGUAGACCUAGAAAAUGAGGAGCCAGACAGUGAUGAGGAGUGGCAGCAGCUGCUGGAGAGCACCAGGCCUGCACCCAUUCAACUGAAGGCCCCUCUCACCCUGCUAUGCAAUCCUGACUUCUGCCAGCGCAUCCAGAGCCAACUGCAGGAGGCUGGAGGGCAGAUCCUGAAAGGUAUCCCAGAAGGUGCUUCUCACAUCCUCCCUGCACUCCAGGUUCUGAGCAGUCUUCUGUCCAGUUGCAGUGAAUCUGUUGCCUUGUAUUCCUUCUGCCGUGAUGCAGGGCUUCCUGGCCUCCUGCUCAGCCUAGUCAAACACAGCCAAGAGAGCACCAGCAUCCAGAAGCAAUCUUGGUAUGGUACCUUCUUAAGGGACCUGCUGGCUACUCUUCAGGCUUACUUUGCCUGCACCUUCAACCUGGAGAGGAGCCAGACAAGUGACAGCUUGCAGGUCUUCCAGGAGGCCUCCAGCCUCUUUCUGGACUUUUUGGGGAAACUGCUGGCCCAACCCGAUGACUCUGAGCAGACUUUGCGGAGGGACUGCCUUACGUGCUUUACAGUUCUAUGUGAAGCAAUGGACGGGAAUAGCCCAGCCAUCUCCAAAGCCUUUUACUCCAGCCUGCUGACUACGCGUCGGGCUGUGUUGGAUGGUCUCCUUCAUGCCUUAACUAUUCCCCAGCACCCUUUCCACACACCCCCAGGAGCCCCACAGAUGAGCCAGUCGCUGAAGGAGCAGAGUGAGGACCUGCCUGGAGCUGUUUCCUCCGCAUUGGCAGCCAUAUGCACUGCUCCUGUGGGACUACCUGGCUGCUGGGAAGCCAAGGAGCAGGUCUCUCGGCAUUUGGCACAUCAGCUGACUAAAGACAGCAGUCAGUUGAGGCUGUCCCUCAUCUCUGGCCUGCAGCAUCCCCUUCUGUGCCUACACCUUCUCAAGGUUCUCUAUUCCUGUUGCCAUACCAGUGAGCACUUGUGCCAUCUUCUAGGGCAAGAGCCCCUGGCCUUGGAAUCGAUGCUGAUGCUGGUCCAGGGCAAGGUAAAAGUAGUAGAUUGGGAAGAAUCUACUGAAGUGACUCUCUACCUCCUUGCCCUUCUUGUCCUUCGACUCCAAGAACUACCUUUGGGACUGGAGAAGCUAGGCAGUGAGGCUGCUGCUGUCUUUACCCACUCACAUGUUGUCUCACUUGUGAGCGCAGCAGCCUGUCUGUUGGAACAGCUUUGUCAGCAGGGGGUAACCCUUGACCUCCUGCCUGCAGAAUGGAUAGCUGCAGCCACUCAUGCCUUGUCUGCCCCUGCAGAGGUUCGGCUGGCUCCACCAGGUGGCUGUGGCUUCUAUGAUGGCCUCCUCAUCCUUCUACUACAACUCCUUACCCAGGUAUUUUCUCAGGGCAAGACCAGCCUGAUGAGGGAUGUGGCUAGUUCAGAAAUGUGGACCAUUUUGUGGCACCGCUUCUCUAUGGCCCUGCGGCUACCUGAGAAAGUGUCUAGACAGGAAGAAGAGCUGUUGCUAUCCAGUCCACAAAGCCAAGAGCCAGACUGGACACUGAUCUCACCCCAAGGCAUGGUUACCCUGCUGAGCUUGGCCGUGGCCACCUUCGCCCAGGAACCCCAGCUGUGCCUGAAUCACCUGUCCCAACGUGGAAGUAUCCUCAUGUCUACCUUGAAGCACUUGCUUACUCCCAGCUUCCUGCUUCAGUUGAGCCAAGCGCCUCACGGGUCUGAGUUUCUUCCUGCUAUGGUACUCUCUGUCUGCCAGCUCCUCUGUUUCCCCUUUGCCCUGGACGUGGAUGCUGACCUCCUUGCAGGGAUCCUGACUGAGCUCAGGGACUCUGAAGUUACAGCCCAUCUACUCCAGGUUUGCUGCCACCAUCUUCUGUUGCCACAAAUUGAGCUGCCCAUGGGCCUUCUCACGCGCCUGGCCCUCACGGAUUCCACCUCUCUCAGUCAGUUUGUGAAUACAGUGGCUGCCUCCCGUAGCCCCAUCAUCUCCUUCUUAUCACUAGCCCUCUUGGGUGAUCAAUUACUGCUGACUUCUGAUCUUCUCUCGCUUCUGGCUCACACGGCACGGGUAAUGUCUCCCAGCCACUUGUCUUUUAUCCAAGAGCUCCUGGCUGGCUCUGAUGAAUCCUAUCGGCCCCUGCGCAGCCUCUUGGGCCACCCAGAAAAUUCUGUGCGAGCCCGCACUUACAGACUCCUGGGACACAUGCUCCAACACAACAUGGCCUUGCGUGGAGCACUGCAGAGCCAGACUGGACUGCUCAACCUUCUCCUGCUGGGGCUUAGAGACAAAGACCCUGCUGUUCGACACAGCGCUAGCUUUGCUGUGGGCAAUGCAGCUUACCAGGCUGGCCCCCUGGGGUUUGCCCUGGCUGCCGCAGUGCCCAGUAUGGCUCAAUUGCUUGGAGAUCCUCAGGCUGGUAUCCGACGCAAUGCUGCUUCAGCUCUGGGUAACUUGGGGCCGGAGGGACUAGGGGAGGAGCUGUUACAGUGCCACGUACCCCAGCAGCUCCUCGAGAUGGCAUGUGGAGACCCUCAGCCAAACGUGAAGGAAGCUGCUCUCAUUGCCCUCCGGAGCCUCCAGCAGGAACCCUGCAUUCAUCAGGUGCUGGUGUCGCUAGGUGCCAGUGAGAAAUUAGCCUUGUUUUCUCUGGGAAAUCAGCUGCCACCUCCCAGCAGCAGCAGUCCCAGACCUAUCUCUGCCAAGCACUACAGAAAACUUAUCCACCUCCUGAGGCCGACCCACAACACAUGA